CGUCACGCAACGCUGGUAGCUGCGGACGUCCGAUACGGCCGAUCGAACGUCAAGCUGGGCCUCUCUUUCGAGAUGGGCACCCUAGUGUACAAAUUCGAGACAAACCAAGAUGAGCCCGAAAAGUCGGUCUACGCCAAGUGUCAGGUCGGUUACGUCACCAACGCCGACGUCGUGGAUUGCAAGACAGAGGGGGUGACGGGUCAAAUACCAGCGGGUGUAUUUAUUGGCGCCCUGGAAAAGGAUCUGACAGUAGUGUUUAUGUGGGAUAACGAAGUCACUUUUUCCAAUAAGUUGAAUGACCUGAGCAGGCUGAGCAACUUGCGACAUGGCAUGUCGUGGCUGCUGCACAACAGCCACCUGGGCGACUUUGGCGGAACCUGCAUGAUGGAUCCCUUCGAGAGGAUACAGUGGAUCAAGACACGCUUCGGGAUACAAUGACAGGGACUCGGCCUGAAUCGGACGGAUGUGGGUGAAAGGCUGCAAUGGGACUGGUUAAAUUCUUAAGACAUUGCUCAUGGCUGUGACUCUGCUGGGAAGGAUU